GCAUCAACAAUAUACACAGUUCCUUCACGAUCGAAGACCUGUUUGGACGGUUUCGCGAAUUGGAAACUCCCUUCGAGAGACGGAAUCUAUCUUUAAUUUGAACUUAGAUUUUGUCCCUCUCGCUUUUUAUAUAUAAAGUCCCCAUCCUUUUUCCGCCGUAUUUUUUUCUCGCAUUCGAAGAGAUAUACACGACUUUUGUCGGUCGUUAUAUUUUUCUCAUUGCUACCGUUUUACACUCGCGCGCCACCGAACAAAAAUUUCGAAUAUCGUGAAUCUGCAAGAUCGUCCGCGACCACGGUGCUCGUGUGGCUGGCUCAUUAGAACUCCUAAGUUUGCAGCAGCAGCACAAGGGAAUAGAGUUGUUCGUGGCCUUCGAGACCCCGUGUGUGUGCUAUGCUGCGGGGAUAGAGUUGAAGCCCUUCGACGAGCCUAACAGCGUAACCUACGGCGUAUAUGCGUUCGUGUUGAGAACAGGGUUGAUUGGAAGAUUCUCUUUCGGUUGCAACUUGUUUGUUGAAUAAAAAGAAAAAAGCGAAAAAAACGUGCAUCGAAAUGUCCAAACCAAAGUCUCCGACAACCCACCUGAGCCCGGAGGCCGAACAAGAAGCCUUCUUCGUGAGAAGCAAACCAGAUCCGAUUCCGUUCAGCAAGUUCCUGUUCAAUUCCAAUGAAGGAACCGUCCUCGGCCGUACGGCCAUGUCAUGGGCCAAAAUCGGUACAUUCUAUAUGGUAUUCUACUGCGUAUUGGCUGCCCUGGUCGCUGUCUGCAUGUGGGUGUUCUUCCAAACGCUUGACCCAAGGACUCCAAAGUGGCAGCUGGAUCAGUCACUCAUCGGCACCAAUCCUGGCUUGGGUUUCCGUCCACUUCCUUCAGAAGACAACGUCGAAAGUACGCUAAUCUGGUACAAAGGCACCGAGGAGAAGAAUUUCAAGCAAUGGACUGAUGCAUUGGACGAUUUCCUCCAAGAAUACAGAACACCUGGCCAGAUUUCGGGCCGAGGACAAAAUAUCUACAACUGUGAUUACACUCAGCUACCACCAGCAAAGACCGUAUGCGAUGUCGACAUCAAGCAGUAUGGUCCAUGCACCCUGGAGAACCACUACAACUACCACAAGAGCGCCCCGUGUAUAUUCCUGAAGCUGAACAGAAUCUACGGAUGGAUUCCGGAUUGCUUUAACGAUUCCUCCAAGCUGCCAGGAAACAUGCCCAAGGAUCUCCAGGAAUACAUCAAGAACAUUGACGAACGGGAAAAGGAAACCAUGAACACUGUUUGGGUGUCGUGCGAGGGCGAGAACUCCGCUGACAUUGAAAACAUUGGACCGGUCAAGUACUACCCCCGCCGUGGAUUCCCAGGAUACUACUACCCAUAUGAGAACUCGGAGGGCUAUCUGAGCCCACUGGUUGCGGUACAUUUUGAGCGUCCGAUUCGUGGAAUCAUCAUCAACAUCGAGUGCAAGGCAUGGGCCCGUAACAUCAAGCACGACAGACACGAACGACUGGGAUCGGUUCACUUUGAGCUGCUGAUCGAUUAAGCAAGCCAGAAAAACAAAAACCAACUAGAUGCACCCAUCCCCCAGGUGCUAUCCACAUUUCUAUCGUGCAGCUACCCAGCCCCACCCGUUCAAAUUAAACCGCUAGAUAGCAUGUAAACCCGUUUUCAAAACUCAGUCAAAUUUACUAAUCUACGGCUUCUUCUUACGAUGUUUUUAAACAUACGCCAUUGUUCUACGAAAUUUUACCACCCAAUUUUUUCAAUGUUAUGAAUUUUAAAAAUGCUACCUUUACCAUACGCUUGUUUGUUAAAGCCCUUGGAAGAAAAACAUUAUUAGGCGAUCGCUCCGAUCUUCCUAAAAUAAAAAGAAAGUGAAAGAACCAAAAUCAACACACUCAAAAAGACGUUAAAAAAAAGUAAUCUGUCUAUUAGGGAAGUAAAACGUUGUGCUUGUAUUUUAAUGAUUGUAAAUAAUAAAUGGAAGUCCAAAGCGUUAAUUAGCCAUCACCUGAAUUACCGCACAUGAAGUUGAAGAUUCCAAUUGAAAUGACUGGUGCGGUACAGUCCAAGCACACAGAUCCGUUCAACCGAUCAUGCAGCCGAUAGCCAAGAUUUAUGUAUGUUUCUUCUCAUCUUGAACAACUGCCAAUUCAAUAAUGGUUCACCUCUAUAAAUACUUGACGGCCAUCGUCUCGCCGCAGCGCAAAUGAGGAGUCCCGAAAAAGUCUCACACUGCAAAUGCUACAUAUCAUUUGAAUAGCACAAUUUUGGAUCGUUGUUCAAAACCGGAAUCAACCCGAUUACAUUUAGCUCAGAGAUCUUCGUUAUUUAAAUGCUAGAAUCAAGACAAUUUCAAGACACACAUAAACAAGCAAUCAAGUCAAGCACCGUAGAAUCAAAAACCGAUAGUUACGAUAGAUAAUUUAAUUUAAAAAUGAAAUAAGAGAAAGUAUUAUUCACCGUGGCAAUAUAGUUAUGAUCGACCAAUUUUUCAGUGUUAAAUAAAAAACAAAAAGUGCCAAUACAUA